AUGACGACGACGCGAAAAGCCCGCUGCUUUGCCACGUCGUCAAUAUCAUCAGCAUCUUCUCCUUCUCCACCACCUCCCUCGACGGUAUCCACUCGCGACCCGUCUUCGUUCCAUUUAUUCGACGACGAUUCAGACGACGCUGAAGUGGAAAAGAACUUCCGCAUCGACGCGCACACCGACGAGUGGUUUGAAAUCAACCGAGAGGAACUGCGAUCGUCCAUUUUCGUGCACAAAAACUUCCGCGCGCUGUGGAAACCUCUCAAAGUGGAAGAUAUUUCCAUGGACUCGCUUAUCUACGCGAAACUUUUAGAGGAAACGCCGGACGUGAUUUUGUUCGGGACGGGGAAAACGCUGAAGCAAGUUCCCGAGGAAAGCUUGAAGUGGGCGAGGAAAAUGGGCAUGGCGGUGGAGGUCAUGGACACCGCGAAUUGCGUGGCGACGUUUAACGUGUUAGUAGAGGAAGGGAGGAACGUGGCGUGCGGGAUAUUAUUGAGUGGUGGUACUCGCGAAGGAGGUGGAAACGAGUGA